AGUUUCUCUGCAUGUAUGUGCCAGAUGGUCUCUACCGUCGUGAAGAAGCACUUCAGCUUGUUAAGUGCCAGUGUUUCACCGAGGCCAACGAAUCCUUCAGUGCACUUAUAGGGGAUAUCCUCAGAGUGGCAGAUACUGGAGUGCCAACCCCCCAAAGAUUAAUGGUCGAAUUUUACCAUGGUCGAGCCAUAUGUAGAUUUGAAUUGGAUUUACUUGUGGAAGCUUUGGGAGAUGUGCACGAAGCACUAAGAUGGGAAAAACCAGCUAGGAUAUUAUCUUUACCUCCUGAAAUUCCUCUUAUUCGGGAUGCCACCAUACGAAGAUUACUAGAACAACUGCCGUAUUGGAGACCGCGUAUUCCUGAGUUGAUAAAGAAACUGCAUAGCUUUGGAGACGAUAGUUUUCAGCAAAAAGAGUUUGUGCAUGCUUUGCUGUGCUACCGUGACGUCCUUAUACUAUCUGGCGUCGUCCGUGAGUGUCAGAUAAUGAAUAAACAAACUACUGCUCGACUGCUUCUAGGGUAUUCUGAAUGUUGUCUUGAAAUAGCUAAAACGGACAUGGACGUUCUAAAUCAGAUGUUUGCAAAACUAUGUGGAGACCAUUGCCAAAAAGCGCUUGGUCUUAUCGAAAGUGAACAAAAUGAAGACGAAUGUCGUGCACUGUGUGCAAAGGCGUACGAUUUGAAGUCGAGGGCCUUCCAUAACCAGGGAUACAUUAAAAAGGCCAUCGAAAUGGCAGAGGAGGCAAACAGCAUCUUUUCCAGUGAAACCAGAGAAAAACAGAUACGAAUAUUGAAAAGAAUGCAGGGUGAAAUCGAGGCCAAAGAAAGGAGGGAGUCACCCAAAUACGACCCAGAUUGGAUAGCGGGACUUGUGCCAGCUUCAAGCGGAAGAGUGGAAAAAUUUGCUUAUACAAAGAAAUCGACAAAAUCAAAUAAGACAACGACUACACAUGAUAGAAGAAACAGGCAGGCGACCACCGCUAGUAACAUCAUGGCUGCCACUGAAACUGGUCGAAGAUUCCCAGAAACAAUAGCAUCAAUAGAAAUGGAUCUUGGUCAGCCAAUGACAGAAGAGGAUCUGGCGGAUUUACGGCGACUUUUUUAUGAAAAAACACGCAAACAAUUUCCGUCGAGAGUUCCUGAGCAAUCGACUGGAGCAACCCAAAAUGAAAAGGCUGCUUGUACGCCAACCACUGCGGUGGUUGAGUACGAGCCUUUGGAAGAAUCGAUGAUCCAUGUGGCGCCACCUGUGUUCCCGGAUGAAGAAGAGGAGAAAAACACGCUGGAUCAGGAAGUCAUGGAGACGGAUUUUAACGAUGCUCUGUAUGAAGACCCAUUUUCAGAAUCUUUUGAAAAUGAUGAUUUUGGCGACCAUGGCAAUUUAUAUGAUUUUCACUCAAAGUUCAUGCUGGAGAAAAAAUUACGUGAGGAUCCUUCAAAAUAUAAACUCUGCACCCUUUACAUAGAAACCAACCAGAAAGCUCAUGCAAUCCCGAUAGGCACAAAUGAACAAAUACCGCGUAUUGAACUCUACGGCAGAAUACGUUCUGGACUUGCUUUUAAUGAAUCGAUUGUUGUCGUUGAAGUGUUUAACCCACCUGAAAAUGAUCCGAUACCAAGCCAUACAUACAGAGGCAAAGUAAUUGGUGUAUGGCUCGAACCCCGUGUCAAAAAGUUCUCUCGAUUUGCAUGUACCAUUGACGACUACCGCAGUAACCUUGCAAAGCCAAUAUGCCGGACAGCUCCCAAGAUCGAGCUCCUUGGAUUUCCUGACAACGUGCGAGAAAAAGAUGAAGCAGAUGUUCCCAUAUACUCUGUAGAAUAUGACGGCCAAUUGAAAUAUAAAAAGAAGAUGAAAAUAGAGGCCAAAUACAAAGAUGACAUCAUACUCUUGGUAAGAUACCUGAAAUGGAAGCCCUUCCGUGUUUUUCCUCUUGGAGUUGCUGUUGGUGUCUUGAAGGGUAGCGCAUCACUAGAGCGAGAAAUGAGGCUACUCAUGAUUCAACACGACCUUGUCAAAACGUUCCCAACACAUGUUGCUGAUCGAGUAAAGGCUUUGUCCAAAAAACACAAAAAAAUCCCCGUGCAUGAGUUUAAAAAACGAUUGGACUACAGGGGCGUAGUGACCCUUACAAUUGACCCCGCAGAUACACGAGACAUCGACGACGCUUUGAGCGUUGAAGAUAUUGGGGACUACCGCACCCGUAUCGGGGUUCACAUUGCUGACGUCACGCAUUUUGUUAAGAAGGAUGACUUUAUCGACAAAGAGGCCCGAGCACGAGGUGUCAGCUUUUAUCCUCCCAGUGAUCAACCACGCAUAUUCAUGCUACCGGAUGAACUCACAACAUCCAUGUGUAGUCUCGUCGAGGGGGAGGACAGGCUGGCACUUUCAGUAUUCUUCGAUUUUGAUCAAAAUGGAAACAUGCUUUCCGAACCUACCAUUAAGAGAACAGUAGUGAAAUCAAAACAGAAAUUAUCCUAUGAAGAAGCAGAGAUGAUACUGUGCGGGACAGGACUUGAAAAUGAAAUAAGCAACGCUUUAAAACAAUUACAUCACAUCGCAAGUAAAUGUCGCGCCCAGCGAUUGAAAGAGGGGUCUGCUUUUAACCAGUUUCAGGACAACGGUGCCCCUAUGGCUCACGUGACUGUGGAAGAAUUCAUGAUCUUGGCUAACGUGACCAUAGGUCGAUCCCUUGGCGAAUCAUUUCAGCAUGUUCUUCUAAGGGUGCAAGAUCCUCCUAUGGAUUUAGCUUUGCAAAUGUGGCAAAAGGAGUUUAACCAAGUAGCCAAGCACUCCGCUGCAUUGAAGAAAUACCGACUGAAAUAUGGUGCAAAUGCACCAUCUGGGUUAAAGCAGGUCCAACAGCAGGGGCAGUUGGGUACACUGUAUGUGAGGGAAGCAGUGUGGAAGAAAGCACUUGAGGUUUCCAGGAAGGGUGCUGGACAGGAACUUUUGGACAUAUUUUCCAGAGAACAUCACGUUCCAUUAAUAUACAGUGCACACUGGAAAAUUAACGAACUCCAACGACCGGCCCGAAUGGCGGCUUGCAGUUCCACCGCCAUCCCGUCCCAGGAUAAAGGGCACCACGGACUGAACAUGACGGACUACACUUGGUUUACGUCUCCGAUACGAAGAUACGUGGACAUCGUGGUCCACCGGUUUGUUCACGCCAUGCUUGACAAAUCAGUUGACACUCCACCGUAUUCACAAAAGGAAUUAGAAGACAUUUGCAAGGAGAUGAAUGCGCUCCACAGGAAAGCCAAGAAGUUCCACGGCGCGUGUGAACUCAUACAAUUCUGCCUCCAGUUGAAAGAGAACAAGACGAGCACCAUACUUCCAGUAGUUACUGCAUUGGACGAUUCCUUUAUACAACUAUGCCUACCGUGUUGUAAAGACAUCCCCUCGAGGCAUCUCAGACUGCGCUUUGGGUCUAUGGGCCUGAACCAGAGACCCAGUUUAGACAAAGGCACGGGUGCAGUUUUUCAGUUUUGUCCUCUCAGAUGGAAGAAGAGGUUAUAUGACAGGGUGGCAGUUCCAAAACCCCCGGGAGGGAAAAGACAAAAACAACGCGCCCAGGAUUGGCAUGAUGUUAACCCAAAUCAGUUCCUGACACCAAUGCCUGUAGGUGUGUGGGACGGCAUCAUUGAGGCUGUUAGCCAACAAAAUGCCCAGGCUCUUUCGACAUUGAUCAAGAUGAAACACAAAACUAUAGCUAACAUGGCUCAAAGGGAAAACGAACUUUUCAGUGCCAACAUAAACACCGAUGCCUAUCGCAAGAGUGACGGGACUAUCGCAAAUAAGGAAUCUAAGUUCCAGCUAAAAGUUACCCUUGGGACAGUUGUCCGAGUUCUAGCUCAGGCUAAGUUCCAUAGAGGAUCUCUUUGUCCCAGGCUGUCUCUAAUGAGCCUGUCGCCCAAUGUGCACAUCUGCUUAAAACACCACGACGACCCUGUGGCCUGUUUUUGUGACAUUUCCCCAGUAAAACCUUUAGAUGAGACAUAUACAGACGAGAAGACCUAUCAGUCGACUCUAAUCCCUCUACUGCAGAUAGAGGGCGCACAAGCGGCUGUCAUAGACGAAGUUUCUUUGACCGUCAGUAACGUGAGAGUGUCGUGGAUGAAGAAAAAUGCGAACUGGUAUGGGAGCGUAGUGCUAGGAGACACCUUCUGCGAAGACCGGGGUAUCAGGCUCUCCUCCAGCCAGGAAGAUGACGGUGAUGCAGCUGCUAACCCUGAUAGAAUAGUAGACACCGGCGAGUACAGAGGGUAUGUGUGCAUUGUAUACCGCAACCUUCCGCCUGACUCCCAAUGCGUCAGUGACAGUGGUGCUACUGGCGAUUGCCCCAUUGACCAUCAGUCUACUCAUAGCGAGCCAUCAUCUAGAAGCAUCUGUUUGCCGCAGUACAACUCAGACGCAGAGUCCACGUGGUUGGGACACGGUCUGAUUGUGCAUGUUAGACGCAGGGACAAGAGGGUGGUUUUUAAACUCCUUGAUGGCAUCAUUCCGGAGACGAUCGAGUCCAAAAGCAAUCCGAAAUUAGCCACAGUAGAAUUCCUGGACAGAAUAAUGCCGUCCAUACGAAUGGAAAAUGCGGUGCGCAGUCUUGGUGAAGCAACCAUUUUGGCCAGAAAUAUUGCUUUGGGUAAAGCCGACCUUAGAGAUGUGAUUAACGAUAGAGACUGGAAAGAUGUAGAGGCAUUUUUCUACCUCCACGAGGAAGACCCAAAGAAGAGGAUGGAGAGGGAAAGGAAAAAAAGAAGAGAGCCGUCUCGCGUGAAACCUGAAGACCUUCUUGACAGAAGAACUAGAUAUUCUAAAGGGCGUUAUUUGGAGAAUUAUCUUCCGAGAGCCAAUAAGAGACAAAGGGAAGCGGUGAUAUCUGCCAUAAUGAAGCCAUUCUCACUGAUUCAGGGACCACCAGGCACAGGCAAAACGCUUACAGGUAUCCGUCUGGCCUACUUAUUCGUAGAAUGGAAUCGCAGAAACUCCCCAGAAGAAAGAAAACAUGUGCUGUAUUGUGGACCGUCUAACAAAUCAGUUGAUGUGGUUGCAGAUUUCUUCAAAAAGAAAUUUACCCCACAACAAUAUGACCCAAACGACGAACGACCCAGCAUCUGCCCAAAAAUCCUUCGAGUAUACGGGAAGAGCUUGGUUAAUCGCGACUUUCCUAUUCCCAAAGAACCGGAUCUACUGCGAGGAAAGGAUGCCGUUUCUACUGAAAGACACAAGGAUAUCGCCCUACACCAUUUAAUUCGUUCCAAGGGAACUAAAAUAUCUAAAGACAUUUUAGAACUGGAUGCCAAAUUUAAAUCUUAUUUCAAAGACCCUGUAAAGAAUGACGUUUCUCUUGAAAUAAUAAACCACUACAAACGGCUCGUGGCGCAAGCAGAAGAGGAUGAAAUAAAGCAACAUGACGUCAUUCUAUGCACGUGCACCACGGCCGGAAGUAAAGCCGUUCUAAGAUCAGGGAUCAUAGAGCAAAGCAUUGUGGAUGAAAGCGGCAUGUGUGUUGAGCCUGAUUGUCUCGUACCCAUCGUGCACUCAAAAGCCAAGCAAAUCGUGCUUAUUGGAGACCACAAGCAACUAAGACCGAUAGUAUUAAAUCAGCUUGCGCGGGACAUGGGAUUGGAAAGGUCUUUGUUUGAGAGAUAUGCUACGCAGUUUCCUAAGCAAACAAUCAUGCUGAACAAACAGUACAGAAUGCAUCCAGAUAUAUGCGACUUUCCGUCGAGUGAAUUUUACGAUGGCCAACUGUAUAGUCCGCCUGUGCUGAGGUUUGCCAGUGACCCGAUGUUCAGGGAUUUCACCCCAGCAGCCGAGGUUCUUUGGCCUAGAAUAAGACAAGGUCCAAUGCUGAUAGAAGACAAACGCUUCGUGAUGUGCCACGUAGAGGGCGAGGAGGAGAGCCUGGUUAUUUCGACACCAGAGGGCGGAGAAAUGUCCAAGAAAAAUAAGGCUGAGAUACAGGAAGUUGAACGCAUCUACAGCAUCUUGGUGAGCAAGACAUCCCUGAACUUAUCCAAAGCGAACAUCAUGGUACUGUCUCAAUACAGGGCGCAAGUCAACGGGAUCGAGAAGGCGCUAAAAGAACGACAUGGCGAGGGGGUUCAAGUGAGCACAGUGGUGGCUAGUCAGGGUGGAGAAUGGGACAUCGUCAUUUUCAGUACCGUCCGCUCCAUCCCAGAGUAUCAGAUUGUACAAAGGCCGACCAAGGGCUGGUGUAAAGUCAACCUUGGCUUUAUAACAGAUGACCAUCAGAUUAACGUGGCACUUACUCGCCCCAGAAGGUUCCUGAUUAUCAUUGGGAACAAGCAGCUACUUAAAUGUGAUCCCACUUUUAAAAAACUGAUAGCACAUUAUGAAGAAAACGGGAGAGUCAAAGAUGCUGGCGAAUUUCUUCCAAGGGGCAUUAAAGGAACACCAUUUUACAAGAAAUUGCCUCCGAGGUUGCAAAGGAAGCUUGACGCUGGGGAGUAUUAUCAAGAAGAAAGACAACGCUCAGACGAUGGAGAUAACGAAGUAAAAUUUGAGGAUGAAGAGGGGCUUUGAAAGACACUUUCUAACGUGUGGCUUCCAAAGUGUAAUUUUUACGGCUUCUGGGCUGGUACCUUUCUUAUGAUCAUGGUGUUUGAAAUAGUAUAACGAUCUACGAGUACAAAAAAAGCGCAGGAAGUUUGGUAAUUGACGUUUAGAUUGACGCGAAACGACACCUGUUAAGUAUCACAUUUUUACACCUUAUUCUGAUGAUACAGUGUUAUACUGGGAAAAAGAAUGAGGGUUUUGCACGGUCGUUUCAUAAUAGUAAGUCACGUCAGCCCAUGCAGGAUGUGAUCAGAUUACUAAGGCGUUCUCAUUCAUAUUUUAAAUAGAAAAAUUAGACUUAAAGAGGGGAACAUUAAAAACGCCGAGUUACAAGGCUUUGUUGCUAUUAUUAUAACUUUUUAAAUCAUGAUUUAGGUAAACGACAGGGGUUUAUAUCGAUUCUAAUGAAAAACAGAUCUCCAACAUUACUUAGUCUCGUUUAUUCGAUAUUCGGACUAUUGACACUUUUGUUGUACAAUCAGCAGUUAUAAGCUGGUUAACUUUAAAUUUAAUUGUGUACUAAAUGGAUGUCCACAUUGGUAGGAUUAAAUAUUACAUCACAUGCAGAGUAUUUAGCCAUGACUUUCAAUCUUUCCACGUUAAAUUUACCACAUAACUUCAAUUCUCUUGCAGCUGCACUGGAUACCAGCUUGGUCUAGGUUUUUAUUUAAAAUUUGAGUUUAAACUCAUAUUGCAUUUUAAAAUCUGAUAUGUAUAACUAACAUUGGUUAAACAUCAUGACACAAAAGAACCAUAACAAUCAUUUUAAAAGCAGUUCAUGUUAAAAUGCAUUGACUGAAAAACAAAUGUUGAUGUUUUUAAACAGUAUUAUUAUUUUUAUUUUAAUCUUACUUUAAAUACUUUAAAGAUUUUACUUUAAAUUACUAUUUCAGCAGUCAAACUUUCUGGCAUAUAUCAUCUUUCUUAUUUAUAAACGUUCAUGAAUUUGUUAUAAAAUCUACUCAACAUGAUAUAGAUUCCAGACAUUAAAUACUUAAAAAAUAUCUAUUGUUAUCAUUAUUUGUAGUUGUAGUUGUACAAGUCAUA